AUGAACAGCGCUCAAUUUGUGCCGGUCUUUGCAUCCAAAACCCUAGCAACGAGCAUUGUGGUCUCUGUCACUCUUGUGGCCUUUCAUCUUAUUAAAACCUAUUGGAAUUUGAGGCAAUUUCCUGGGCCUUUCUGGGCACGCAUCACUAAUCUCCAGCGUGUAUUCUGGGUACAAACAGCACGAUCCCAUGAAAUCCACGCAGAUCUGCACGCUCGAUAUGGGGAUUACGUCCGAAUGGGCCCAAACAUGGUGUCCAUAGCGAAUCCGGAUGCCAUUCCUAGUGUAUACCCCAUCAGACCGGGUGUCCCAAAGGGCAACUUCUAUCGUUCUUUGAUGCCAUAUUCUAGGCAAGGGUCGUCACUACCACUAGUAUUCAAUACAAGAGAUGAGAAACUACAUAUGCAUCUCAAGAAGCCCAUUGCACCUAUCUUCUCCCUGUCAAAUGUGCUCACUUUUGAGCGCUUCGUUGACCAUGUGUUGGGGCUUCUUUUCACUCAAUUCGACGCCCGAUUCAUUCAACAAAGGGCUACGCUUGAUCUAGGGAACUGGCUGCAAUUCUUUGCCUUUGAAGUCAUGGGGUCGAUGACCUUUUCCCGCCAAUAUGGGUUUAUCGAACAGGGACAUGAUGGGAAGGGGUUGUUGACGGCAAUAUGGAACUUUAUGAAGACCGCUGCUCCGAUAACCCAAAUCCCCUGGUUUGAUUUGAUUUGGUAUAAAAACCCGAUUGUGGCACUAUUUCGUCCGACGACUGGACUCCCGAUUCUUCAGAUCGUCCGAGAUAGCAUCGAUGAGCGGCGUGAGAAACUUGGAAGUAAGAGUUUCACUCUUGACAACCAGGAGAUCAAUCACGGGGAUUUCCUUUCGCGCUUUCUGGAUGCCCAGGUGAAGGAUUCUUCUGUUCCGCCAUGGGCCGUCACGGCAUGGACCUUUUCCAACAUAAUUGCCGGAUCUGACUCUACUGCUGUCGUUAUGAGGACACUCUGGUACAACCUCUUGAGUCACCCCGAGACACUGCAGCACCUCUAUAACGAGCUUAUUCAGACCGACGGGAUCUCUCGUCCAUAUCCUUCGUGGAAUCAGAUCGCAAAUCUCCCAUAUCUUGAUGCAUGUGUCAACGAAGCCAUCCGUCUCCAUCCUCCAUUCUGCCUUCCCUUUGAACGAGUGGUUCCAGCAGAAGGCAUGACCAUUAACGGACACGUUCUUCCAGGAAACACAGUGGUGGGGCUGAAUCCCUGGGUUAUCAAUCGGCAUCGACCAACAUUUGGAGAUGAUGCAAACGAAUGGCGGCCUGGCCGGUGGCUGAAAAGCCGUGAAGAGUACCGGAAGAUGGAGCAGAGUGUACUGACGUUUGGUGCUGGACGACGCAUCUGUCUAGGAAAGAAUAUUGCUUUGUUGGAAUUGAAGAAGUUGACAUCUGCGCUGGCCCUUAACUAUGAGGUAUCAAUUUUGGAUCCAUCUCAGUAUCAGGUUGAGAAUCGGUGGUUUUUUAGGCAGUGGGGGUUGGAAGUGGCCAUUAAAAGGCGAGAUUUAUAG